AUGGUCAAAAAAUACGAGCACUCCGAGUCGUUCGGCCUGAUCACGUCGAGCUCGUCCAACAUCCUCUGGACCAACAACCGCGGGACAGCGACCGGGGCAGGCCAGGCUGUCGUUUCUGCCAACGAGGAUGUGAUAUGCUGGGACAUCAAGAAAGGCGAGCUACUGUCUCGGUGGCGCGAUGAAAGUUGCAAGGCACAGGUCACAGCCCUAUCGCAGAGCAAGACAGACAGCGAUGUAUUUGCCGUCGGAUAUGAAGACGGUAGCAUUCGCCUCUGGGACAGCAAGAUAUCCACCGUCAUCCUCAACUUCAACGGCCACAAAUCCGCCAUUACCAUGCUGGCAUUCGACAAGUCCGGUAUUCGCUUGGCCAGCGGCUCCAAAGACACAGACGUGAUUGUGUGGGACUUGGUCGCGGAGGUCGGGCAAUACAAGCUUCGGGGCCAUAAAGAUCAAGUCACGGGACUGCAAUUCAUCGAGCCGGCCGUCCAUGCGCAAGAUGAAGACACGCAAGAGAGCUUGCAGCUGGACCUUGAGGAACAAAGCGAGGGCUUCCUCCUCACUUCGGGCAAGGACUCUCUGAUCAAGCUCUGGGACCUAUCAUCGCGGCAUUGUGUCGAGACGCAUGUUGCACAGACAAAUGGGGAGUGUUGGGCUCUCGGGGUGUUUCCCGAUUCAGAUGGAUGCAUCACGGCCGGUAAUGACGGCGAGCUUAAGGUGUGGUCAUUGGACACGGCGGGCAUGUCCGCGGCAGCGCGUCAAGUGGACGUGCAGAAUAGGCAUUUCAUCCAGGAGCGCGGGACCCUUUUCAGGAACAACAAAGACAGGGCCAUCGAGGUGUCGUUCCACCCGCGACGUGACUAUUUCGCCGUGCACGGCGUCGAGAAAUCAGUUGAGAUAUGGCGGCUCAGAUCUGAUGCUGAGGUGAAGAAGAGUCUGGCUAGAAAAAGGAGGAGACGACGCGAGAAACUUGCUUCUGGUAAGAAAAGCAAAGGUGUCGCAGAUGUUGACCUGGAAGACGCAGAAGACCAGGAAGGUGAGACUGCCCAGCCAGAGCUGUCCGAUUUGUUUGGUCAGCAUGUUGUCAUCAGGACAACAGGCAAGGUGCGGUCAGUGGACUGGGCGACAAAUCAUGGGCACAAGCAGUUACAGCUGCUAGUCUCCACGACGAACAACCAACUUGAACUAUACGACAUCACGGCGAAAGAAAAACGGGGCAAGGCCAAGAACGACGAGGAGCCAGAUUACGCGAGAUCCCUUGCCGUGGACCUCCCUGGUCACAGGGCUGAUAUACGGGCUGUAUCGCUGAGCUCUGACGACAAGAUGCUUGCAUCUGCGGCCAAUGGGAGCCUGAAAAUCUGGAACGUCAAAACGCAGGCAUGCAUCCGGACCUUUGAAUGCGGUUAUGCCCUCUGCUGUUCUUUCUUGCCGGGAGAUAAGGUCGUGGUGGUGGGUACCAAGAGUGGCGAGAUCGAGCUUUUCGAUAUAGUGUCGGCAUCCCUUGUCGACAGCGUAUCGGCCCACGAUGGUGCGAUUUGGUCCCUGCACGUACACCCGGACGGUCGUUCUGUCGUCACUGGGAGUGCGGACAAGACGAUCAAGUUUUGGGACUUCAAGAUCGUGCAGGAGCAGGUCCUGGGGACCGCCAGAACAACCCCAAAGCUGAAGCUGGUGCAGUCCAGGAUGCUCAAGGUUGCAGAUGAUGUUUUGAGCUCGAGGUUCUCCCCCGAUGCCAAGCUUCUUGCUGUCGCUCUACUGGACAACACGGUGAAAGUGUUUUUUACGGACUCGUUAAAGCUGUACCUGAAUCUCUACGGCCACAAGCUCCCUGUCUUGAGCAUGGAUAUCUCGUACGACAGCAAGCUGAUCGUCACUAGCUCAGCGGACAAGAAUGUUAGGAUAUGGGGCCUGGACUUCGGAGACUGUCACAAGGCACUCUUUGCGCACCAGGAUAGUAUCCUGCAGGUGGCUUUCGUGCCACACAACUCGGACGGAAACGGCCACCACUUCUUCAGCACUAGCAAGGACCGUAGUAUCAAGUACUGGGAUGCGGAUAAAUUCGAGCAGAUCCAGAGGAUAGAUGGCCACCACGGAGAGAUCUGGGCCCUUGCUGUCAGCCAUGGCGGUAACUCCAUCGUCAGUGCCAGUCACGACAAGAGCAUACGCGUCUGGCAGGAGACGGACGAGCAGAUAUUCCUGGAAGAAGAGCGGGAAAAGGAGAUCGAGGAGCUGUACGAGGGCACGCUGACGACAUCUCUCGGAAACGAUGCGGACCCGGACCAACAAAACAACGAAGUGGCUGCUGCAAGCAAGCAGACAGUUGAGACGCUCAUGGCGGGCGAAAGGAUUGUGGAGGCACUUGAGCUUGGGAUGGAAGAUCUCCAUGUGGUGAAAGAGUGGGAGGAAGCGAAGGCCGGUAACCCAAAUGUUGCCCCACCGCAGCGAAACCCAGUCUUCAUGGCACUUGGCGGCAUCAGUGCGGAAGCCUACGUUAUGAAUACGCUGCAGCGGAUCAAGGCUUCUGCACUGCACGACGCCCUGCUUGUUCUGCCAUUCUCGACCGUCCCUUUGCUAUUCACAUUCAUCAACCUCUUCGCGGCGCGGUCCAUGAACAUCCCCCUGACCUGUCGGAUACUGUUCUUCAUGCUCAAGACCCACCACAGGCAAAUUGUGGCCAGCAAGACGAUGAGGGUCAUGCUAGACGGUAUAAGGAUGAACUUGAGACGGGCGUUGAAGAGGCAGAAGGAUGAGUUGGGCUACAACAUUGCCGCUUUGAAGGUUGUUGGGAUGCAGAUCCAGGAGAAGAACAUCAAGAACUACGUCGACGAUGCCUGGGAAGCAGACGAGGAAGGGCGCAGUGCCAGGAAACGUACCUUCCUUCACGUCUCAUAA